AGAGUAUCAGAGGCCGUGCGCCACGCUCGCUUCGCCCGCUCGCCAUCGUCGCGGCCGCCGCGGAGAAUCCGAUAUUAAUAAAGCAGCGGGAAGAAGAAAUAUGAAUAAGGCUCCUUCAAGGUCCAGCCCAGCACGAAGAGAUGCCUUGCCCUACGGAGACAGAGAUGGACGACGCGACCGCUCUCCGAACCGCCACAGCCUUCCGAGAGAAGCGGACGAGAGCCGGAACGGCAGAGAUUCCCGGGAUGCGCGGGCGAGAGAUGUGCGCAACAGUGGCAGAGAGCCGAGAGACUUCCGGGACCCCAGAGACCUAAGGGACCCUCGGGACACCCGAGAGCCGCUCUACGACCAGUACAGGGAGCCUCCCUACAGGAGAGAGGAGGGCUAUGACGGCUAUUCGCGCCCGGACGACUAUUACCGGAGGAGGGAUGACCAGUACUACGACCGCUACCGAGACCAGUUGAGCACCGAAGAGCGCAGGAAGCGGGAGGAGCGGCGCCGGGAAGAGCUGUAUCGCCAGUUCUUUGAGGACAUCAAGCGGCGCAUUGAUUCGGAGCGGCCUGUGGACUGCUCAGUGAUUGUGGUCAACAAGCAGACCAAGGAGUAUGCAGAGUCCGUGGGGCGCAAGGUGCGCGACCUGGGCUUGAUGGUGGACCUGAUUUUCCUCAACUCGGAGAUGUCUUUGCAGCAAGCCCUGGACGACGUCAGCAGAGGGGGCUCUGCCUUUGCCAUUGUCAUCACCCAGCAGCACCAGAUUCACCACUCCUGCACUGUCAACAUCAUGUUUGGCACCCCGCAAGAGCACAGGAACAUGCCACAGGCGGACGCCAUGGUGCUGGUGGCAAGGAACUACGAGCGCUACAAGACGGAGAUCCGGGAGAAGGAGCGUGAGGAGAUCGCCAGGCAGGCCGCCAAGAUGGCCGACGAAACCAUCCUGCAGGAGCGGGAGCGCCCCCAGCAGGGGGAGGAGGGGUCCCGCGGGAGCCACCCCCCGGGCAUCCAGACGCUCCUGAACUUGCUGUGCGACAACCGCUACCUGACCUCCGAGGAGACGGACAAGAUCAUCAACUACCUGAGGGAGCGCAAGGAGCGGCAGCUGAGAGCCACCACAGACUCCCCCCAUCUGGCUUCGCACGCCCGGCAACCCCUCGGAGCCUCUUCCGGGUCCUCUCUGGGCACCUCGGCCGGCCUGAGCAGCACCCAGAGCUCACAGGCCCUCUCUUCGGCCCCCGUGGUCUCUACCCCACAGCAGGAGCUGCAGGCCAAGAUCCUUAGCCUUUUCAACAGUGGGGCAGCCACGGCUGUGGCCAACAGCAGCUCGGCCCUGGGAGCCUCCCCAAACACCGGCUUCUCCGCAGGGCCCAGCACGCAGAACCGGCCCAGCGCCACCGGCAGUGGAUUGGGCCAGCCUCAGCAGCGGGCCCCGGCCCAGGUCCCUCAGUUUUCCAGCCACGGGGGUCCCGUCAGGGGGGCAGGCCCUCGGGCCGCAGCUCCUCAGGCCUCGCAGCCGCUCUACCAGAACCGCCCGCCCGCCCCCAGCAAUGCUUCCGCCUCCAGGCCGGCGCCGUCUUCCGGGAUCAACUUUGACAACCCCAGUGUGCAGAAGGCCCUGGACACGCUGAUCCAGAGCGGGCCGGCCCUCACGCACCUGGUGAACCAGACUGUGGGGCAGGCGCGGGCCGCCCCUUCCUCCCAGCAGCCGCUGGGCUCCUACCACCGGCACUACUGAGGCCAAGGGCAGCUCUCUCUCGCUCUCCCACCUCCUCUCCCCAAGGCUCCCCUUUGUGCAUGCCCCUUCCCAUGCCCACCCUCCAGGAGGCCCCCCUCCCUCCCUGGAGCUCUGCCACCCCCUCUCCUCCUUGGGCCGGAGGGGGCUGAUGCAGGCGGAGAGCCAGAAGGGCUAAGGCGAGUGGAGUCCAAGGGAGACGAGAGAUCUCUUCCUUCUUUGCUCUGGAGCCCCCUCCGUUGAGGGAAGCUGCCUGUGGACUUCAUGAGCCAGCCCCCCCCCGAAUUGCUUCUUUUCAGCAACAGCCAUAAAAAUGCAGCCCCAGGCUCUGCUGUGCAGCCCCAGGCCUCCCCUGGAAGAAAAGGGCAAAGGGAUGUUUUCUCUAUUGGGUGUUCCUGUUGCCCCCUUGAUUUCAUGUUGUACAAACUUGAAUUUCCGUUGGAAGCGGGGUGUCUGUUCCUUUGCAGCCGGAGAGGCCUACUUGCGGGGAUUAUUCCUCCCCCCCCCCCCAUUUCUGAAGCUGUAGAUGUUCUGUUCUUGAAUGGUUUUGUCAUGUAGAUUCCUCUGUAUUGUUAACUGGAGGAUGCCACUUUUUAAUUAAAAAUAUAUAUAUAUACACACAUAUAUGCAUUAAAAGAAAAUGCUUGUGGGUCUUUGCAGGCUGUUCCUGAUGCCGCCGGGGGCCCUGAAUGUGCCAUGCCUGCGUUGGGCACCCAUCCUCAUGCCCCCGAUGUCUUGGGCUUAUUGCGAGAAGCGCACUUCUUUUCCCAAAGCGCCGCAGAGGAAGGUGUGCAGCUCAGGGGGUGUUUUCUCGUAGGUCAGGGCUCCCUCCCCCCAACCCCCUCUGGGGAAGAAUGACAAAAGAGCCAGAGCUCAGGCUCCCCACGUCCACCUCCAAGACUGAACUCUGCAUGAAGGGCCAGCGUCGCUCUGGGGCGAGACACCUGCCUUGAAGGCAAAAGGCCCUGGAUUCGGUCCUUGCCAGCAGCAUCUCCCCAGGGAGAUCUGUGUAGAACCAAGAGCACCCUCACGGGGCUAAAGGCCAGAUCCCAUGUCAAGCGCUUCCUAGGUUCCUAAUGUAUUUAACGAGUGUGUCUAAAGUUUUCAUAAAUGCCCUUGGGCGUAUUAACCUUCCUCAAUCUUUCUGCCUUUCUUCCAGCGCAUGCAAGCCAGAUCAGGGGCUCCCAGUUAAUUAGUUAGUUAAUUACUGAGAAGCCCCUGUUUUUCAAAAGCCAAGCCACGGACCCUCGGCUUUUGAAAAUGCCAAUGACUAUGGUAGAGUUACCUGUGCAAAGCAAUUUUUUUGACGAAAAUGUGGGGUGGCCCCUAAUAAGCAAAAGAUUGGGUGUAUACUUAAAAACAAACCAUACAAUUUGUGAUAUUACCACAAAUUGCCUAUCCCCAAGCAGUAGGAAAAACUUCUCCAUUGCUCCGCUACAACUGAAUAAUAAUUUUAAAAAGCAAUUGUGUCCCUGACUUGCCAAGUGUUCUAUAUGCCAAAGGCUAGCUAUAUAUGAGAAUAUUCAAACAUGCUAUUCCUUACUUGCAAUCCGUGAUGCUUAGCAGCGUAUGGUUCUGCUAACUGAAGGAUCUUGCACCUUUAAGACAUAGGUCAGGGCUUGAUAAAUUAUUGGGGAAGACUGAGUAGAAAGCAGCUGGAAUUUAGUGGCAUUGAUAGUUUUGUAACGUUGGCCGUGUCGCCAGCCAGGUACCCACACGGGAAACCAGCAAGCAGGAUUCCAGCCCCAGGGUGCCCUCUGCUUCUGUGGCUUCUGAUCAUAGGCAGAGCGUGGCCAUGAUGGCUAGAAGUCCCCACCCCGCCCCAACCCUCUCCAUGGACCGUCUAGGGCAGGGGUCCCCAAACUUACCCGGCUUCGGGCUGGUUCCUCCGGCGCCGAUUGCGUGGUGGGCCGGAGGGCGGAGGAACACGCUCCCAUACGCACGCACACAUGCUUUUUCUGGUGCGGCGCCGGAAAUGGCUUCUGCGCAUGCGUAUGGGAGCAUGUUCCCCCGUCCUCUGGCUCACACAUGUGCACAAGCUAUUUCUGACGCCGUGCAGACCCAGAGAUGGACAACCGCACCGCAAUGCGCCAGUAAGAGCGGUCGGCGGGGGCCACACAAUUGGCUCGCGCGGGCCGCAUCCAGCCCCCAGGCUGUAGUUUGGGGACCCCUGGUCUAGGGACACAAGCUGGUCCCCUGCCUUGUUGCUACAGGGGCAGCUUCCUAUAUGUGGGCAGGUGGUUCUGUGUUGGGAGGCUGCCCCAUUGCUUGGAAAUCUCCUAGUGUCUCUCCCCACCCCCCUGCCUGAAACGGGCUCUUCCCCAAAGGAGGCUUGUCUUGCGGGGAGAAAGGCGCCCCUUCAGGUUAGCUCUGCCGUCUUGAGAUCAAGUCCUUUGGGAAGAACGUGCACCGAGAGCCCCCAGCCCAGGAUUUUCAUUCUGCUUUUUUAUUUAUAUGGCUUGCUAAAACGGUUUUCUAAACAUUGGGCAAUAAUCGUCA